CUGGUAUUUCUGCCGCCACCAUGUCAGCAGUCUCUGGUCAUCCCAUGUACUGUCUGCAGUCUCUGGUCAUCUGUACUAUGUCCACAAUCUCUGGUCAUCCCCUGUACUAUGUCCGAAGUCUCUGGUCAUCUCCUGUACUGUGUCCGCAGUCUCUGGUCAUCUCCUGUACUGUGUCCGCAGUCUCUGGUCAUCCCCUGUACUGUGUCUGCAGUCUCUGGUCAUCUCCUGUACUGUGUCCGCAGUCUCUGGUCAUCUCCUGUACUGUGUCCGCAGUCUCUGGUCAUCUCCUGUACUGUGUCCGCAGUCUCUGGUCAUCCCCUGUACUGUGUCCGUAGUCUCUGGUCAUCCCCUGUACUGUGUCCGCAGUCUCUGGUCAUCCCCUGUACUGUGUCUGCAGUCUCUGGUCAUCUCCUGUACUGUGUCCGCAGUCUCUGGUCAUCCCCUGUACUGUGUCUGCAGUCUCUGGUCAUCUCCUGUACUGUGUCCGCAGUCUCUGGUCAUCCCCUGUACUGUGUCUGCAGUCUCUGGUCAUCCCCUGUACUGUGUCUGCAGUCCAUUGGUUCAGAAUUUUUUUUUUCUUGUUUUUCUCCUAUAAAACCUAGGCGCAUCUUAUGGUCA